GCCGACCCCACUUGCCACUGCUCAGGCUGGCUUGACUUCUACUCUUGUCUGCUAUUGCCGCACCACACCAGACGCGCAACAAUCAUGUCUACCAUCCCAUCAUUUCUUGUGGGGCUGGUUGCCUCUGGUGUGGGCUACGCGUACCUGUCGCGCGAGCUGGUCACCUCUAGGAAUCAGCUAAUGUUGAAGCACUUCAAGGCCGACGGGGUCGAGCCCUACCACCCUGUGCGGAAGUUCGGGAGACCAAAAGGCGAGCGCGGCGGUUGCCCAAGCGGCUCUAGCUUAAAUUCGGAAACGAGGAGGGGGGUCGUCAGUGGUUUACCGGAACCCGCGCCAGCGGGUGAGCAUCACCUCGUCACGGAUGCCCGCACCAAGUGGAACGCGGCUGUUUUGCGAUGCUCCGACGCGGUAUUCAGCGCCUUGUAUGGCCGCGGAGGUGCGACGGAGGGCAACGCCAAGGGUGGUGACGAACCACGGGAUUCAUGAUGCCCCAGAUAAGGAACAAGGUGGUGAGGAGCGGGCCACGUUGCCGCCGUGCGACUCUGUUUUGUGCUGGGAGACAUGUUUUGAGGUGGGCAGCAGGCGAAGGGAGACCAGAGGAAACAUGCGAAUAUAUCCUUACCGUGGUCGCUCAUUACAUCAGCGACGACGAGGCGAUUACUGCUUCUGGGAGAAGGACGCGGGAAGGGAAGGGAUAAGAGCUGCUUGCACAUGAGCCGAAAACUGUCUCGGAAGGUUGUCCGCACCCCGCAAGGGCGCAGCCUCUUUUCCAGUCGGGCAAGGGGAGGCGUUUUGUAGGGAGGCAGGGGCGACGUUUCUGCGACACGAUACCUGCCUAUGUUUUGCUGCUGUGGCCAAAGGUUAAGGUAGUUCACCAGGGUUUGGGGGUGGGAAUACUUAAAAGGGAGCUGCAGUUCGUGAUUUGAGUGCUUUUCUACUUUACAAGGAAGGGUCAACCUUUUGCUAUUCGUGCGAUGCGUAUCAUGGCCUCCCGAACAUGUACGGGUCAGCUGGAGCCGCCUUUGUUCAGCCAGCUUGAGCUAGUACGUAUGUCCUUCAGGUGUUGCAUUAAGCGUGUACAUAGGAGUGCGGUGUUCUUACCCCCCCGUGCUCGCGUAAGCGGCGGGCUCUGUGUGCAUAUCUGCAACUUUUGAGUGUAUGGAUUUGUGGUAGAGCUGUGAACGCUCGGAAUACAGCCCUUUCUGGAGUGGUUGCCAUCUUCUUGCACGGGCCUCUUGGGUUUGUUUUCUGCGCCGUGAAAUUUCAAGUAUGCAUCUAGCCUAGAUAUCUCGUGCGUGUUGUCUCUUAUUUUCGCUCUGUCAAAAACCCUUGUCUCCCCAGCUCGACCGGGGUUUGUAAUUAUUGUUUGGUUGCAACAUGAACAGCUGCUGGAGCCGAUGUUGUUUGGUCUUCAUGUGAAUUCUACCGUACAUUCCACAACGGCGGCUUCAUGAAGCGAUCGUCCCGUCCUCAUGUUGUGCCGU